AUGGCGCUACGUUCUGGAGCCCGGCUCCGACGGCAUUCGUCAUUCACCGAGACCCAGAAGCAAAGCCCUGGCCAAGUUGGACCCGACUUAGUUCCUUCAGUGAAUGUGUGCCCUAAGCCCACCUCCAUCAUCCGGGCAACCACAGUGUUUGGGCUGGAGGGUAUAAUUGUGGAAUUGUUUUGCAUUCAUGAAAUGGAGGACAAACUGAAAUUUCGACGUAGCUGUAAAUUUUGUUCUUUCCGUAUAAGAUUUGUUGUCUUGCUCAUAGCGGGCAAAUUACUCUCUGUUCUAGGAUGGAGUGUUUUUCUGAUUGCACUCAUCACUAGGUUUCUAUCACAGAAGCUGGUUAAGAAAGAGUCCGUUACCAUCUUUCCAUCUUUUGGUGUUCAGCUUGAGACUCAGUACAGAAGUGGGAGAUCAAUUCGGCGCUUUGUUCCUGUUAGCAAGAUCUUGAAACCUGUGCUAAAUGAAUGCGUGACUCCAGUUACUUGUUACUGGAGUCUAGCCCUGAUUAUACGAGGAGAGGAAGAACUCUUGUUGGUUUUUAAGGAACUAUAUCCUCCUGUUAAGAUGUUAGUCCCCAUCUGGAGGGCUUUAUGUGCUGCUGUUGAUUUUGAUGAAACAACAAGCAUUAGUUAA